UAUCUAAUCUUCGCGUCUCAUUAAGUAAGAUUAUUAAGUUGUUAAUUUCCAAUGUGAUUUUUUUCCACACGGUCUUUGACUCAGUCAUUUGAUACCAUACUUCGCUUACGUUUACUGUACCUACCUACCUACCUACCUACCUAUAUACUCAACGGUUGGAGAAAAAAAAAUGGAAAAAGAACACCAAGCGGUGACUACUUUUCGAAAAUACCUGAGGAUUCCAACGGUGCAUCCGAACGUUAACUAUGACAAAUGUGUUUCAUUUUUAACCAAUCUUGCUGAUGAACUUGAGCUACCAUUUCAAAUAAUUGAAAUAGUUGAAGGAAAACCAUUGGUUGUUAUAACUUGGAUAGGUACCAAUCCGAAGUUGCCAUCUUUGUUACUGAAUUCGCAUAUGGAUGUGGUACCAGUAUUCCCAAAUAACUGGAAGUACGGACCUUUUGACGCGUUUAAAGAUGAAAAUGGUAACAUUUAUGCGAGGGGAACUCAAGACAUGAAAUGUGUUGGCAUUCAAUACAUCGAAACAAUUAGAAAAUAUAUCAAAGAAGGAUUACGGUUCAAAAGGACAAUCCACAUUUUAUUUGUGCCCGAUGAAGAAAUUGGAGGCGAGCAAGGAAUGGGUAUUUUUGUUAAAACGCCAGAAUUCCUAAAAUUAAACGUGGGGUUUGCUUUAGACGAAGGAAUGGCCAAUGAAUCUAGCGAACUUUACAUUUUUUACGCCGAACGUCCAAUUUGGUAUGUGUCGGUGAUUUGUAACGGAAACACUGGCCACGGUUCUUUGCUUCAUGAGAAUACAGCAGCCGAAAAACUUCAACGUGUUAUCAAUAAGUUCUUGGAAUAUCGAGAAAAAGAAAAACGUAGGUUGCAUUCCAAUCCUGAUUUCAAGGUUGGUAAUGUUACAACUAUAAAUCUGACCAUGGUUCAGGGUGGAAUACAAAUGAACGUGGUACCUCCAGAAAUAAGCGUAGGGUUCGAUAUCAGACUUUCUAUUGAUGUUGAUCACGAGGAAUUCCAUCGUAUGAUUGAAUCGUGGUGCAAAGAAGCUGGUGAAGGCGUUCGAUUAGAAUUUCGUAAGAAAAAUCCUUACGUCCCUCCCACACCUUUAGACGAUUCUAAUCCAUGGUGGAUAGAAUUCAAAAGUGCUAUUGAAAAAAUGGAAUUGAAAUGGAAACCCAUGAUUUCUACAGGCAGCGGUGAUAUUCGUUACAUCAGGGAGGUUGGUAUUCCUGCCAUUGGGUUCUCUCCGAUGAUUAAUACGCCUGUAUUGAUGCACGAUCACGAUGAAUUUCUGAACGAAAAAAUAUUCCUGUUUGGAUUAGACGUGUAUUACAAUGUUAUAAAAAAUCUAGCGUCAUUAUAGACAAGGAGAUUUAGGAUAAAGAUUUUAAAUUUUAUUGUAACUAAAUAAAGUGAGUUUAAAAAAAAAAUAUAUAUACAACCUGGCAAAGUUGCAAGCCAUGAAUCACCCUUACUGGCUUCAUUCAACACCAUAUCAAUCGAAAGUAAAGAACUGGAUACAACGCAAGUGAAGUAAUGAAACUGGUCAAUGAGGUCAUUGACCCUUUUUUCGAAGUCGUGUGAUUUCAAAAACUCAAGGUACAAAAAUUCGAUUAAAAUUUUUGUAAUUUUUUGGGCACGCAAACACCAGAAAUUGAUUUGAAAUUUCGUCAUUUUGAGGUCAUUUGAACUUCAAAAAUUGAUUUAAAGUUUCAUAAUUUGAAUGCAACGCAAACUCCAAAAAUCGAUUUGAAAUUUAGUCAUUUGAAAACCAAUAACUCCAAAAAUUCAUCUGAAAUUCCCGAAUUUGGAGGUCAUGUGGUCACCAAAAAAAUUAAUUCAAAAAUAAGGUUCCUAUAGGUUCAAAAAUUCUAGCUUUGUAUGUCAACUUGGUAACAUUUUGUUUUUUUUUAAUUCAUAUUUUUGCACCGAUUUGUUUUUUAAAUAUUCACAAAUUGCUCAGAAUUUAACAGGGUUAUAAAUUAACUUAAUUGGAAAUUUUUUACGUUGCAACCAUCUUGGAUGGAAGCAGAAAGUUAUCAAAACAUAUGAUUUGGAGACUCUCUUAUACGAACGAAUUCAAUUUUAAUACCAUUUCAUCGAAAAAAAUCAAAAGGAGCUUUUGAAGGGCAGGGGCAAAAUUCGAAAAUAAGUUCAAAAUCUCAAGUGACAUAUCUAAACACAUGUUUUCAAAGCUGCAGAGUACGAAUUCAGCAUUAUUUCAGCGACCAAACCAAAAAGGGCUUUUCAUGGGGAGGUGCCAAAUUCGAAAAUAUGUUCAAAUCUCAUACAGAUCAAUAGAAAAUAUAUUUUUCAAAUCAACCCAUCCGCUGAACUAAAAUAUAAUCCGAGCUAAAUCCAAAAUAAAAAACAAAAAUCGUAAUCAAAUCUUCCACACCUUAUGACCCACACGCCAAACAAAUGAAAAUAAAUUUAAAAGAAUAUAUUUUAUUUUGACAAAAAGUUAAAAUUUUACAAUGUCAUAUAAACAAUAGAAAAUAAACUAUAAUAACUUGUUUACAUUUUGUACAUUUUCAGUACACGUUUUAUCAAUUAUUCAUAAUAAUAAAAUUUUACUUAUAUUUUUUCCAAAUAAAUAAUAAAACGUUUUAAAACUUACAAACAGAAGGGGAGGGGCAUCCAAGACGGAAGAUGAUCAAGUGGAGGAAAAAAAGAACAUAAAAAAUAAAUUACUUCUAUAAGAACAAUCAGAGAAAAAAAAUAAAAGAAAAAAAUGACACGUUACAUAUGAACGCCGCCCCUGACAAUGGUCGGUUCUUUAAAACAAUCUCACCUCACACAAUAUAUACAACAAUACAAAAUUUUACAACUAUACCUACAAAUUUUUUUUUCAUCCUUAUAUAUUUUCUUAUUUUUUAUAAUUACCAUUUUUUUUGUAUUAUUUUAUAUAAAUUUAUCAUUUUAUCUAGAAAAUGAGCACGUAACGAAAAAAAGAGAAAGAAAAACAAUAACAAAAUGUUGCAUUCGAUUAAACCAGCAACGACAUAUUAUACUCGUAACAAUUUUAUACACAAAAUUUAUACAAUGACUUAUUACAGCAAGUGAAAGAGAAACAAAAAUUGUAAACAAUACAUAAUCUAGAAAAAAAAAAUCAAAAAAUCGAAAAAAUCAUUUCUUCAUUAUUUUUAUACACAAAAAGCUUAAAAAUCUACAAAUUUUUUUUCAUUUUUUUUUCUCGUUUUACUAAACACGACGUAACAAUAAACAAUAAAAACAACAUACGCCUUCGAACAUUUUCUCAACAUUUUUUAUACAAAAAAAAUAAAAAUAUAAUAAACACUCUAUCGUCCUAUAUAAUAUAAUUAAAUCGAAAAAUGGUAACUAAAAUAAAUAUCCCUUUCGUCCAUUUCUCUUCGUAUAUCCCUCGUCAAUUUAAUUAUUUUAUUUUCCAAAAAUCAACUAAGACGACGCGUCGACAUCAAUCCAAUAUCAUUUACCAACGUAAAUCGUUUCAAUUUCAAAUUACAAGACCAUCCAGUUUUUUUUUUCAUUAUUGGUAACUUUGGGCAUGAAAAGGGAAAUUUUUGAUUUUUCAAACCGCGCAAAAAAUUAUAU